AUGCAUAAUCUCGUGCUGCAGCAGCACCAGCAGCAGCAGCAGCAGCAGCAGCAGCAACAGCAGCAGCAGCAGCAACAGCAACAGGAGAUGCAGGAGAUGGAGAUGGAUGAGGAAGAGGAGGAGGAGGAAGAAGGGUGCAACAACAAGAGCAACAGCAGAUACAGCAACAGCAACACUAACAGCAGCACCAUCACCAACAGCAGCAGCAGCAGCAGCAGCAGCAGCAGCAGCAGCAGCAACUUACUAGCCCAGAUAGGAGCUAAUCUUCUUAAUGAUCUUAAUUGUGAUAAAAGAAUUGAUUUACAAUUCAUAAGAUAUUCAUUUGGUCUACCAUAG